AUGGUGUGUAUUACCACAGGGGUACAAGAACUUCCCACUGUAUCUGGGGAGCAACUUGCCAAGCAUUUAGAGUCUUGGAAACCUCUACCAGGAGAAGGGCAGUUGCUGCAGUACGUGGAUGACCUCCUAACAGCCACCCAGACCCAGGAGACACGCGUGCACUGGACGGUAAGCCUCCUAAACUGUUUGGGCCUGCACGGGUAUGGAAUAUCCCAGAAGAAAGCCCAGAUGGUGAGGCAAACAGUCAUUUGCCUGGGUUAUGAGGUGAGUGCUGGUCAAAGGACCUUGGGGCAGGAUGGCAAAGAAGCAAUAUGCCAGACCCCAAGCCCUCAGACACUGAAGGAACUGAGAACCUUUUUAGGCAUGACAGGGUGGUGCAGCCUGUGGAUUUCUAACUAUGGGUUACUUGUUAAACCUCUAUAUGCCCUGAUCAGGGAAGGGAGCAGAGAUCUUCAGUGGACAAAAGAAGCAACCCAAGCCUGUGACCAACUAAAGAAGGCCCUCAUGUCAGCUCCGGCUCUAGGACUUCCAGACGUGAGUGAACCAUUUUUCCUGUUUUCCCACGAAAAACAAGGGAUUGCCCUGGGAAUAUUAGCAGAGAACUUAGGCCCGUACCAGAGAGCAGUGGCCUAUCUCUCCAAACAGCUGGACACGGCAGCUAAAGGAUGGCCAGGGUGUCUCAGAGCUGUUGCAGCAGUGGCAGUGAACAUCCAGGAAGCACACAAAUUCACCCUGGGCCAGAAAAUGACUGUGCUGGUAUCCCACACGGUGUCUGCAGUCCUUGAGGCAAAAGGGGGACAUUGGCUCUCCCCACAGAGGUUUCUGAAGUACCAAGCUAUACUAGUAGAACAAGAUGAUGUUGAAAUUGUGGUAACUCACAUUGUGAAUCCAGCUUCCUUCCUCAGUGGGAGUAUGGGAGAAGCAGUGAUCCAUGAGUGUCUGGAGACCACUGGAGCCACUUUCUCCAGCUGCCCGGAUCUGAAGGACACCCCACUUGAAGAUGCUGAGACCUGGUUCACUGCUGGAAGCAGCUAUGUCAUCAGUGGAAAAAGGCACGCUGGAUAUGCGGUUACCACAAGCAGAGAGGUAAUAGAGUCUGGACCUUCACCAGCAAACACCUCUGCACAGAAGGCUGAAAUAAUCACCUUAACUCGAGCCUUAGAGCUGGCAAAAGGAAAAGAGGUUAACAUCUACACGGACUCAAGGUACACGUUUGGGGUGGUUCAUGCACAUGGAGCCAUUUGGAGAGAGAGAGGACUGUUGAAUUCACAAGGGAAGAAUAUUAAACAUGCACAAGAGAUACUGAGACUACUAGGUGCAGUACAACUUCCUGAGAAGGCAGCCAUCAUGCACAUUAAGGCACAGCAAAAAGUGAGCUCUGAAUUGAAAGAAGGGAACAUGCUGGUGGACAGAGAGGCAAAAGACGCAGCCAGAGGUGAGGUAUUUGAGGAGACAGUGGAGGCAACAUUGAUCCCAGAUGGAAACAUUUCUAUUGAAGUUCAAGAUGAUGCAGAGUUGCGAGAAAAGCUGUGCCUCCAGUGA